CUUUAUCAAGUAGCCAUGACAAGAAUAGUGCCUAAUAUCGAAACCCAGUCUCUUACCCAGCCAGUAGAGAUCUUAACUUGUUCGCUUCCUACCUUGGUACCAUCGUUAUUUCUAGCCUCGAUUAAUGAACCCAGAAUCUUUCGAAGUCAUGAGGUCGUCUUUCCAAGGGUUACCGAGUCCGGUGAGGAAUGCAGUAGCAUCAUCCAGAUCUCGGAGGAGCAAAGACGGACGUCCAGUGCACAGGAUUGAUAUAUAAGGAGGGGGGACUUUCGAGGCGAUCCCAGAGACCUCUAGCAUGUUAUUGGAUUACUAUCUCAUUGCAUUGAAACCAGCUGUAGUUACUCUCCCCAAUGAAGACACUUUGCCUCGCAGCGCUCGUGUCGGGUGUGGUGAGCCACAAUAUCCAUGGAAUCCUUCUCGUGAAUGGUACCGAGACGCCAGAGUGGAAAUAUGUCCUCGAUAUCUCUGGCAUAUACACUCACGGACCCUACGAUUAUCCGCCGGGAUACCAGGGCUACAAGCUAGACCCCAUUAUUGGAGCCGACAACCCGAACAUCACCUGCGGCAGAAGUGCAUUCGAUUCGGCGCCGCACACCGAGACAAUCGAUAUCCUCGCCGGCUCCGAGGUGGGCUUCCGGGUCUCUGCUGACGGCAACGGAAACAGACACGAGCCGUAUCGUGCGAGCCGCGGCCCAAACUUUUGGCAUGCAGGCCCAGGUAUCAUUUACCUCUCGCGCGCGCCGAACGGUGACCUCCUGAACUACAAAGGUGACGGUGACUGGUUCAAGAUUGCGUAUGCUGGUCCGCUUGAUGACACCCACUGGUCGCUUUGGCCUGGUGUUGGUGAUUUCAACUUCACCAUCCCUAAAACCACUCCGCCAGGGAAAUACCUCAUGCGCAUUGAGAAUUUCAUGCCCACUGCUAGUACCGGGUACUUACAGUUCUACGUUAACUGUGCCUUUGUCGACAUCAUCGGUUCCGGCGGGGGCACCCCGACCGAGUUUGUUAGGUUCCCUGGCACGUAUCAGAACGAUGAUCCUGGCUUCCUGGUGCCGGAUGACCAGGAAUACUUGGGUGGGAGAGUUCCAACGGACGAGUUGAAACUAAUGAACUAUAAGCCGCCCGGGCCUGCUGUUUGGACUGGCUGAUUUCUGGGUCAUUCGGCAAUUCCAUUGCAGUCCUGGAAGGUGUGGAUUGCUGAGGCUCGAAUCAUCUUCCUGGGGUUGCAUUCUAUGUUCCAGGGCAUGGU